CAUCAUCAUGCAGCAUAACAUUUUAAACACAUCAUCACAUCAAGUAUUUGAAGUAAAGUUGGGUACAUGUGGCACCACUUGCAUGACUUGGUCGCAGGUUUGCAGACUAACCAUCAUGACUUCGAUUAAUUGAGAGUUUUGUCUUGGGCCAGAGGUUUUUCAAGUCAGAUGGCAGGGAACACAGGAGUUGCGUCCAGUAAAGAAAUCAUGGCCUCCCAGAAGCAACUGCACAACCAAUGUGAGAAGAUAUGGACAGAAGUCAAUCAGAUUCAUGCAGAUUUAGCAAAAGAGAAACCACUGGGUACCCUAAGUGCGGCUGAAAAUCAGAUGCUUGAAGUUUGCAAAGCAAAGGAAAAGCAACUGGCAGGGGAGAUACAUGUCCUAAAGAACACCCCUCUAGAAGCAUACCCUUCUGAUGCAAACACACUGAGAGUUUUGCUGCAACAAGAGUUGGAAACGUCGACAGCUCAGCUACAGCAAACACUUGAUAUUGUACAGACACAGAGGAAAGAGCUCGAGGAAGAGUUAAACAGGGAAAGGAGUUUAUUGGAACAACACAAGGAUGUCCACCAGAGUCUGGUCCAGAAACUGGAAGCAGCCAAAGACACAAGUCCAGAGCAGCACAACAGCGACAGAGGUUUGAGGGACUUGACAAGGAGGAGACAGCGUGCUGCUGAGAUCCAGCAAGAACUAAUGCGUAACCUUGCCCACUUUGCCACCAAACACUUCCCUCUCCCCUCCGCAGCAGAUAUCAACAAAGCAAGUAAAAGGAGACGGAGCUCAGCUGAAUCAGAUGAAGAACAACAUCGUUACAUAUCACUCCUGGAGAUACUAGAGGUUCUGAUGAACAAGUGCACAGACGAUGAGCCAGAUCCUUACAUCACCUUGGAUGAAUCCUUCUGGCCUCCCUACGUAGAGCUACUCCUGAGGUGCGGCAUUGCCUCGCGUCACCCACAGGCCUGUCAACGAAUCCGAUUGGUGCCCUUCCACGUCUGACCUCAUGAAUAUUUAUUAUAUAAAUGUGUUGAGGUGCGGCAUCACUUUGCGUCAACCACAUGCCUGUCAACGAAUCCGAUUGGUGCCCUUCCACCUCUGACCCUCAUGAAUAUUCAUUAAUAGGAAUGUGUUGAGGUGCGGAAGUGCAUUGCACCACCCACAGGCCUGCAAACGUAUCUGAUUGGUGCCCUUUCACCUCUGAUCCUCAUGAAUAUUCAUAAAUAUGAUGUGUUGAGAUGCGGCAUGGCGUUGCGCCACUUACAGGCCUGCAAACGAAUCUGAUUGGUGCCCUUUCACCUCUGAACCUCAUGAAUAUGUAGUAAUGAAUUUGAACUGUAUGGGACAGCACAUGCCACUCAAGCUUAUGUUUGACGUGUACUCUGCACAGCAUGUGCCCACCGUGUUUCACAGAAAAUCACCCACAUCAGUGAAUCAUUGUGCGACCACUAUGCCAGUUAUAUCAGCAGAGUUUUAAGCGACAUCUGUUGAAACAUUAUGACCACAGAGACUGCAACAUUUUUGCUGCUGGUUACAGUGAACAGUGGCUUUUAACCCAGAGACCCAAGCAAUUUUUUUUCUCAGGAGUCUUUAAAAGUCCAUUGCCCAACUUGAAAUCAGUUGUACAUCUUUCAAAUUUCAAGGGUUUUCAAGCCUGCGAAACAAGGCAAAGUGGCUAGACUCGUUUUCCCCUCAAUCCUGCGCAAUCCUUCAAACUUCUAGUUGGUUUUGGAAAGAUCUGCAAGGGAUCAGGAUGAGCCAUGUCGGCAGCUUUGUCGUGUUUGUUGCACAGAGGACAAUGUCACUGUGACUGACGGGAGACAAUGGGUCCUUCCUGCCUGUCAGUCAAACAGUGUCCACUGACCAAUGAGAUCACUACUUGUUGGUCAGGUGACAACAUUAAGCACUGAGAAGCCCACAGAAACCAUAGGUGGGUGGGGCUUAUAGGUGGGUGGGGCCUUUUGCCAACUUUGGAACUGUUCAUCGUGCAUUUUGUGCACAUUAUGAUCACCUUUGCCUCAAACACAGUGGAAAGGUCACCAGCGUUGAUAAUUGGCUUUUGUGUUGUCACUACACGAACAUGACUGCUAGCUUUAAUGAAAGUUUUUAGCAGUAAAUAUUUUUACUUUGCUGUAAAUAUUGUAUUUACCAAAAUGUUUUGUUGCUUGCAUUUUGUAUCACAUUGUAGCAACAUGCAAUGGAAGUUAUGGUACAACUGUUACCUGUAAACUAUUCAAAUUUUCUUAGACUUUUUAUCAAUUUCGAUUUAUGAAUGUUUCUACAUGAGAAAAUGAUUUCCUGAUAAUAAAUACAAUAAAUGAUAUGAAAUCUAGAAUGCAGACAUGUAGAGGCAAUAUAUUUUAUUACCCGGUAAAUCUUGAAAAUCACACUGGUAACCAUAGUUUAAGCAUUCUCAAUGAAAAUCAAAGUGGAUUUUCCCUCACUUCACACAACAGAUUAAUACAGUGAACAUUAGUGUUUUUGUUCUUUUACAGUAAAUCAACUACACGGUGUAACAUGCAAAUUACUCGCUCUGCAGGGUAUGAUCGUGUGACGUCAAAGAAUCACGUGACCAUCUGGUUUUCCUGUGAUCGGCCUCCAUUGCAGUAGGCAAGCUUUUGAUUAGCAACCACGUCGUGCUUUGUUAACUGGACAGUAGGGCUUUUUUUCACAUAAAAUAUCUGCAAAUAGUUUAUCAAAUGACACAAUGGUUUAUGUGUCAUGCACAGUUGUCAUAAUCAUGCCGACCCAGCAGUGGGUGUUGGCACCGCAGUUUUCUCGCCCAUCACAGCCUUGAAGGCUGAAAAUAAUUUUUGUAAAAUGCGAAUGCAAAUAAAUUGACUACUAAAGGCAAA